AUGUUUUGUAUAAAGAUAAAAACAAAUCAACGGAACCGACUAAAAACCGACCGUCGAUAUGUCACUGGAAAUAACGUAAAAAGCCCUGAUUGGUCCGGUCUGGUUUCCAUUGAUGUUUUCGCAUUGAUUUGUCUCGAAAAGGUCAAUUCUUUCCAAUGCAUCUUAGUGCUUGGCGGGCGAUUUCAUGGUGUGAUAUUCAAUUACGACUCUAUACGGUGGACCAGUGACAUCUUCAAUGGCGGGAACCAGUUCACUGGACUUGGAGGAGUUCCAGCUCAGGUUGGUUUCAAUGCUGGAGACGACAUUCAUGCUUUUACACUGCAUCCGUCACAAACUGAAGAGGUGAUAAACAUGACUAUUUUAUCAAAUGUGAACGUGCCUGGUCGGUUUGUCUUUAGAGUGGACCUACCCGAGAUCAUUGAUCCUGCAUGUAAAGAAGAUACAGGGACUAUCAGUCUGUACCCAGCUAUUGAAACGAUGUUAGGAGGUAACAAAAUAUUCAUACAAGGUCCAUGUUAUGAUGUCACCGCAUCCAAUGUCGUUUGCAAGUUUAAAGACACACUUUCAGCUGGAACAGUUGAAUCACCGUUGAGGGCGUCCUGUGUGAGUCCAACGCUAUUCACUGCAGGAGAUGUGGCAGUUCAUGUUUCCUUGGAUGGAGGCAACACUUUUCCCUAUACAGGAAACCUGCAGGUUGAAAUUCCGUCAUCACCUAUGGUGUUCAAGGUCGAGGAGGAUAAAUGGCUGACAUCUAACGAACUUGAACUCAUGUGGGAUACGCAAGUUCUUGAGGGUAUAGAGACAGUAAACGUGGUUGUGUACUCCUACUGGGAACCUCUAGGCCACAACGGCUUCCAGUGGGAGACAGUCCAGACGCUAGCCAGAGGUGUGGCAUACAGCCAGGGAGGAUUGAACUUCGUGAAACCUGAGAUGAACCAAGUUGCGGAAGACGGAUCGGAUCUGAUGGGUGUCAUAGGUGUUGUUGAAGAUAUCGACGAAGGCAACAAUAGAAUCCCAAGGUCCAUAUGGAGUGAGGUCGAUUCUCUCCAAUGGCUUUUCCCUCAAAACUCCUCAUCUUGGUGUACCGAGUGGACAAACACCAAUGGAGUUCCAGAAGACCAUGGCUUCUCCGACAAUCGGACCUCGUGCCCGUGUCUGCUACGUCAGGCAAAGCGAGAUCUUGGACGGUACAUGCCAAGACAGGACUGCAGAGACGAUGCUUGGAGCAGGUUUCCCGACAACUGUGAGGAUAGGCCUGGUGCUUUUCACUGUGUCAUCGCAAGGCCAAACGGACAAAAACUUGCCGACCAGGAAUGCUGUUACGACAGAAAUGGCACUCUGAUCGAAGACCGAUUCGCUCCUUCGGGUUUCGGUGUUGCCCGCCAUCAGAGCCCUAUCACGAGCCUGAUUCCAGAUGGCGAGGGAAUCGAACAAGGGGUGCCAUAUUUCUCUCAUUUUUACCGUGACGUCAUUCCCGAGAUGCAUUGCUGUCUGUUUUCGUCUUCCGAAGAUGUGGCGGGAGUUUUGAAUGUGCACUGCGAUCGGUUUAUGGCAUGCCGACCUAGUAAAUCGUGUAGAUUUUAUGAAGUGCCGAAAACGGCUUCAGUAUUUGGCGCUUCGCACAUCUCAACCUUUGACGGUCUGGGAUAUACUUUCCCCGCUAGAGGAGAAUACAUACUCCUUCAAACAACAGAGAAAGAUUUUCUGAUGCAGGGUAGAUUUGAACGUAUUGAUACAGGAGGCGGUGCCACAUCUUCCGUUUUGACUGCCAUUGCCAUAAAGCAGCGUAAUAGUGACGUCAUACAUGUACAGACCAGUCCUCGUUUCUACUUAGAUUUAUUCGUAGGUAGAGAGAACCAACAGUUUACAUUGGUGGACUCAUUCCAAUCCCAUACAUGGUCUUUUAAAGGUGUCGACGUGUUUUAUUCAGACUCCGUUUACCAAGAUGGUGUCCAACUAUAUUUCGACAAAGGGGUGGCGAUCACGGUGAAAACCACCGGCAAGUCGAUCCGAUUAAUCACCAUAGCUCCGCCGGAAUUCCGGAAUAGAACUGAAGGUUUGCUGGGAUCAUGGAAUGAGAAUCCGGAAGAUGACCUGAGGCUUGAUGAUGGCACUAUUCUAUCCCAUGAUUCAUUAGGAGAGGACAUUGUGACGUCAUUUGGAUCUCAGUGGCAGAUACAAGAAGAUGCUGAAUCUCUGUUUUACUAUCUCCCCGGGUACUCACGUGACGUAUAUUUGAAUUCUCAGCAACCACCAAUCACCUUUAACCCGGAACCGGAAACAGAUCCGUUGACUAUUUGCGAUGACAGUACACUGUGUGCCGUGGACCUUGCCGUAAGCACGAAUAAUAGGCAAUUUGCUCGGGGUACUUUAGAUGCUCAAAAUGAGCUCCAAGCUACAAGGAAUGACUUGAAAGAAGUGGAUAAGAGUUUUCUAAUGUGUUCCGAAUUAUCUGCACCUCCUCAUGGAGUCAUAGUAGAGUCUACUGGGAGGUAUUUUAAAGACUCUGAUACUUUCUCAUGCGAUGAUUGCUACGAACUAACUGGGAAUUCAACACUCUCGUGUCAAUACGAUCUGCAGUGGAGUGAUGAUUUACCAGUCUGUUCUCGAGAAGGCAGUGCUACUUGCCUUGUUCCUGGAAAGCCUGAUAAUGGUACCUUUCGAUUGGCUACUUGUAAUAGAACCGUAAAUUUCUCUUGCAAUGAGGGCUUCGCUCUGAUUGGUCGGGAACAGAUCACGUGUCAUAACGGUUCGUGGGAUUAUGACGCGCCGACAUGCGUAGUAAAUGUUGAAACAACACCGAUGAUAAAAGCAGCAACGACGACGGCUAAAGAAUCGACUACAUCAAUAAUAACAACGACAACAAAAACAAAGUCCACGCCCAACAUGACACACGUUACCAGCACUGCAGCGCCAAUUAUUGAAGGAGACGGGUCCGAUAUGCCUAAUGAAGUUUUAGGACAGACACCCAAUGUGAGGAUCGAUUCAAUCAUAUCCAAAGAGUACAGAACAUAUCCAGAGUUUAUUGUAUGGUGGGUUCUUAUAUCCUUCGUAUCUAUCAUAGUCGUAGCUCUCAUCGUCGUCACAGUUUUCAUCGCUUUAGGAUUUAGAACAAAAUCCAAAAAGCCGGAAAUCGCAUCACCUGGCCAGCAGUAUGAACUAGUGGAAAACACGUGAAAUUUGGACGGCCUUUACAUUUUUUUUUCUGCAGAUCAAUGAUAAAUCUGAAAACAAGUAUGGAGUAUUGCUAUAACAAAAUGUGGUUUUUCUUCACGUUUAAUUUGUGUGUUAUGAAUAAAAUGUUGUUCAAAACAUUAAUUGAAAAUAUGAACUACCUGUUUAUUUUCAACAGUUUUUUUUUAAUUCAUUUACUGGCAUUUACCAACAAUACUCAUGUGUCUAUAAUGAAACUAAUCAGAACGGAAAAGCUACACGAAUUAAGCAUAAUACAAAAGGUAAAUGGGACCAGAAAAUAGAACAAGUGAUAGUCGGGUCUGGUCCCGUUCUGUAACAAAUGCAGAGUUAAAGCAAAUAGAGAAAACAACAAUCGCAUUCUAUUUCUUCUAAAAGGCUAUCAGUAGCAAUUAGAAAAUAAAGUAUUACAUUUGUUUACUACUUAAAGCGCACUCUAAAAAUAUCGGGUACAAAUGCUCCUUGAUGGUAAUUAUGUGUCCAACCAACAUUGGACAUGUAUUUGGGGCAUUUUUAUCU